GUCAGUCGAGUACCACACCGAGACAGCUCCAAGCAUGGAAAAUCACGGUGGCAAGGACACAGCGCAGGAGCAUAGCACCGCUGAAAUAUCGGAGCAAGUCGCGGUCAGUGGCCCUGCCAGCGCCGGCCGAAUGACGUCACACUUGGCCGAGAAGGUCCGCAAGAAGCACAGCAAGAAGCGCACUAAGUCCGCCGACGUGCACCACGACGGCGGCAAGUCUCCUGAGAGCGCUGUCGAUUCGUUGCCUGGAAGGGGCAAGAAAGCCAAGCGGGAGCCGAAGGCCAAAGGCAGCGACGCUGUCCCAGUGCCGCCAUCUAGCCAGGACAUCUCGCCGGAGCCUUUGCCGCCACCUGUCGCGCUUGUUGAAAAAACGGCUGCGCCCUCGGCUGCGGUUGCUCCACAUGUCCACGGAGCACCUAAACCUGUAGACCACGAAAUGUACCCGCCAGCAAAAGACGUCCCGGAACCACCCGGGUUCGACAACAGCCUUUCUACGAUUGAGCAGAGGAGACCGAAAAUGUCAAUAAUCCUUCCGAUGAUCGCCAGUGCGGGAAUCAUGUGCCUCAUGCUGGUCGUCAUCAUCAGUAUGCUUGUGUCGAUCCGCAGGCGUGCCAAGGCUACGGGCACGAACACCGCCAGGCCAGCCACCAUGAUCCACGACGGCGUAGAGAUGGCGUCGACAUCGCCCACGAUGACAAUCACGACAGGAAGUGAAAACGCCACGAGCAGCCACAGUCACAACCCGGUGGUAGAACAGACUUAGCUCGUCAGCACGAGCUCGCUGACUUUAGUCGUGCAGUAGAGCGCCCACAUUUUUAUCCCUGCCUUGUUCCUUCGGAGGCUGGGAUCACAUUUUCUGCAAGAGUGAA